UUCUCUGACAGAUUUUGUGUUGGAUGUAAGAUUUAUUUUAAUGGUCCACUUAAAAAUUAUCUUUUAACCUUCACUUUAGUCCUUGGUAUUCUUCAAGCUAAUGUUGUGUCAUGUUUGGAUGGAUUGCCAGAUUUAGUUCCAUUUGACAACUGUACUUCAACCCAACUUCUGCAAAUUUCGGAUGAUGAGUUGAGGAAACGUCUAUAUGAUUUUGGAGUCCACUAUGAUGUCCAAGCGGUGCUUAAAGUACUGCAAGAUCCCAUGUAUUACAACAAUGAACCCGUACAAAUUCUUCUGACAAAAUUUCAAGAAGUAAAACAAAUUGCGCCCCAGUUUCUUCCAGAAGCACCAAUAAGACAUCCAAUUAUUGUUAUAGAAGGCUUUUUCAAUCAUGGCAAAACAAAAGUCACAAAGAUUGUGGCUGAUGCUUUGCACGGGAGGAGGUUUCAGCUCCCAAACCGAAACAUAAACAAACUGAGAAAAUAUUUGAACAGUGAUGUCUUGAAGAAGAACUUCUACUCACUCUCCAAAUACAUCGGAGCUUACACAGCUAUGUAUUAUUGCAUGACUGCACCAGUUAUAAUAGAAAGAUACUGGCAUGACCAAGCAGUUUACGUGAUGGCGAGAAGUUUUGAAGGAAUAGUUCCAGCAAAAUCUGUAGUUUAUGAAUUCCCCAAAGAUCUUUUAAGACCGGACUACAUAUUUUUCCUCAAUGGGGCUCUAAAUCCAGGAGUUCACAACGAAAGUACAACAAAAGAGCACAUCCAUAACCCUUUAACCUUGAAAAUGGUGGAAGUAUAUAGAAGAAUGCGAGAUCCGGCGUUGAUUGAGAUCUAUCCCCCAGGAAUGCCAGAAGCUAUGGCUGAAAAAAUAUUAGAAAUCCUGGAAAGAGAACUGCCAACCAAAUUCCUGCCAAAACCAGCAAUGAAACCUGUCCUGCGGCCUAAGAAACCCUACAGGCCAAGCCAUGGAUAUUAUCAAUAUUGAAUACAGUGGUGUAGCCAGGUUUGGAGGGCCCUGGAGCAGAAAUGACUGAAAUUCCCUCUCCCAAACGUUGAACAUGACCCUAGUUCACCAUAAUUAUCAUCAUAAUGAUCUUUGCACAUUUGUUAUUAAUAUGUACCGGUUCUUAAAACACCACUUUUUACAUCAAACAACUCUCUCAUUUUCCAAAAAUGUACUAAUGUACAAAUUAUUUAACGUCAUUUAUUUUGGUCCUCUUUUAUGGUGUUUCUUCAGACCUGUUGUCUCAAUAAUUCGUAUCUUCAGAAUUGGUCUCAAGAUGGCAUCAUAGCAUACCGAUGUUACCCAUUAUGUAAUUGUUUAUUAACUGUGAAAUAAAAGUGUUGUUUAAUAUAA